CCACAUCUCAUUAAUGAGCCUGAGCACCGCGCGGAUCAAGGGGUUUACACAUCCAAGCUGCAUUUGCCGUCAGCUGACCUAAUCUGCAACAGGUAUAUCACUGACGACGAAGAGGGACGACGUGUUUCCAAACGGAAUCUAUUUGUAAAGCUAAAUUGACGCGAGCGAGGCUUUUUGCGGCAAAGGACAUUAUACUGCAGCAGCUGAACUUCCAUUUGGAGGCGAAGGCAGCGAGCGGAGAGGCGGCUGCAGCCAUGGAGGUCGCAGCGGCUGACCAGUCUCGGUGGAUGGCGCACCAUCACGCGGUGCUGAACGGCCAGCACCCGGACUCUCACCACCACGGCCUGAGCCACAACUACAUGGAGCCCAUGGCGCCUUUGCUGCCCCAGGACGAAGUUGACAUGUUUCUGAACCACUUGGACUCGCAAGGGAACCCGUACUACACCAACUCCCGGGCCAGGGUCACAUACAGCCAAGCGCACGCUCGUCUGACCGGGAACCAGGUCUGCCGGCCGCACCUCAUCCACAGCCCGGGCAUCCCGUGGCUGGACCCGGGCAAAGCGGCGCUGUCCGCGGCCGCGCACCACCACAACGCGUGGGCGGUGGGCCACUUCAGCAAGCCCGGCCUGCACCCCGCGGGCUCCGGCUACCCCUGCAGCAGCAGCGCGGGCACGGCCUCCGUGUCCUCGCUCACGCCGGCCUCCCACUCCAGCCCGCACCUCUACAGCUUCCCCCCGACCCCUCCCAAAGACGUGUCCCCGGACCCCGGCCCCACGUCUCCCACCUCCACCUCCACCCGCAUGGACGAGAAGGAGUCGAUCAAGUACCACGCGCAGCUGCCCGACGGCAUGAAGAUGGAGAGCUGCAGCCCUCUGCGCGGCGGCCUGGCCUCCAUGAACGGCCAGGCUCCGGCCACGCACCACCCCAUCCCCACCUACCCGGCCUACUCCCUGCCCGCGCCCCACGACUACAGCGGGAGCCUCUUCCACCCCGGCAGCCUGCUCGGCGGCUCGUCCUCCAGCUUCACCCCCAAAUGCAAGAGCAAAGCCCGGUCGAGCUCAGAGGGUCGUGAAUGUGUGAACUGCGGGGCCACGUCCACCCCUCUCUGGCGGCGGGACGGCACCGGACACUACCUGUGCAACGCCUGUGGACUGUACCACAAAAUGAACGGCCAGAACCGACCACUGAUCAAGCCCAAACGGAGACUGUCUGCUGCUAGACGUGCAGGCACCUGUUGUGCAAACUGCCAGACCACCACCACCACCCUGUGGAGGCGCAAUGGGAAUGGAGACCCGGUCAACAGACCCUUGACCAUGAAGAAGGAGGGCAUCCAGACUCGCAACCGCAAGAUGUCCAGCAAGUCCAAGAGGAACAAACGAGCAGUGGACGGCUUUGACGAGCUGUCCAAGUGCAUGCAGGACAAGGCCUCUCCCUUUGGAGGGGCACCCGGCCUCACCAGCCACAUGACUCACAUGGGUCACCUUCCCCCCUUUGGCCACUCAGGACACAUGCUACCCACUCCCACGCCCAUUCACCCUUCAUUCGGUCACCCCCACCACUCCAAUCGCUCGCCAGUCUGGGCUGAACCUCACUGAGGGGCCCCCACAUCCCAGACACCCUUUCGCCUGUAGGAGCCGUAACAUCGCCAUAAACACUAAAUGGCUUCCGCUUCACUUUGAAAGCCGAGCAGACUUGUGUCGUGUCCACUGGUUGGAGGGAAGCGACGUUCAGUGGGGCUGAAUAACUGAGGGACGCGUCAUGCCUGGCCUCGAUGAUGGGACGCUGCGGAGAGAGCUGGACUUUAGCGCACUCUGCGUAGAGCUAAUGUGACGAGGGCUUUGCUAGUCCCCGGGUGAACGGGGCUAACAGGAAAGGAGUGAAUAGAGAUGCUUGUCAUUCUUUUUUGCUUAUUUUUACUGAGUCACUUUGGUACCCACCUCUCCCUGACCCUGUAACAGGAGACUCAAGAGAGGUCUUAAAAGAACCGCUGUUUUCACCUCAUGACCAUAUCGUUAUAUACUGAGAUACAUGCCCCCUCCACCCCCCCCCCCCCC